AUGGCCGCCUCGCAUCAUGACCCGUUGCUCGAGCGACUCUCGCCGCCGGCCACGGCGGACCCGACUUCGCCCCCGAUUCGAUCCGUCACGAACCGCGUCGCCACGCCGUUGAACAUGUUCGUCGAGCUGGGCAACAAGGGGACGGCCGACGGUGCCCUGGCUGGAAUGCACCGUCGAUUCGCCACCAUAUCGCCCGCAGACACGCCCGAGUCCGACGUUGCGCCACCCGACGACGACUCUGCUGACCGGCUCGUCGACGCUCCAGAGGCUCCACGCCGGAAUACGACGACGGUCACGGCCGUUACUGCCGCCGCCGACGCCCGCCUCUGCCCUCGCGAGCCCGCGAAUGCAGCCGCGCCUAUUUCAGGUGGCGGCCCCGACGCAUCCAACGCACGCCCCGUCCGAGACCUGGCACACGAGAGCCCCAACGAGGGCCCGGACGAGAACCGCACCCCCCACGACGACCCCAUCGCAACGCCAACCCCCCUUGUUGAUGCUGGCCCCCCCGACUCUCCCUUGGCCGACCUCCGUCCUCUGCGCACCGCCAGCGUCCGGGCCGACACCAAGUUUGCCCACCCCAAGCCCAUGGCCAGAUCCGCCUCCUCGAGCCAGCCCGACGCCGACCUGGGCAUCCCCAACGCAUCGCUCGUCGGGAACAUUGCCCAGCUCGAAGCCACGGCCGAGAGGCUUUCCAUGACGAGCUCCAUCGACGAUGCCAUUCGCGAUCUCGUCGGCGAACUGAAGCGAAGCGACAGCCACCGAUCCUCCAUCCUCGCCGCCAGCGUCCGAGCCGCCUCGACCGACGCCUCCGUCAACGCCGCCGGCACCGCCCUCGACGGCGACGUCGCCCGCUCCUCGACGCCCGUCCAGCCCCGGAGGCAUCUUCCCGCCUCGUCCUCCAUCGUCUCCACGAACAUCGCCGCCCGUCACGGCGGCUACUCACCCGCCGCCUUUGUCAUGUCGCCGAACCACUCCCUCACCACCGGCCGCGUGCGCUCCGGCUCCAAGACCUCGACCGGCCGACCGGACUUGGACCUCGACUCGGUCCUCUCCCGCCACGGUCCUGGCAAGUCGUCCGUUCGGAGCGUCCGUUCGGCCAAGAAGAUGUCCCUCGCCGAGAUAUCCGAGUCCGAACCCGUCUCGCUGACCCAGCAGGCGCUCGACGACGCCGACGUGGCGCCUCCCAUUGAGGGUGACCCGCCGCUGCCGCGAUCCCAUCCCGAGGAGCCGCCGAGCACCGACGCUUUCCAUCGGAUGCUGCAUGACGACGCCGCCGCUCUCGCAUCCGCGGGCCAGCAGCAAACGACGGCCGACGCGCUCGACCUCGACGCUGCUACGCCCCCCCGAGACGACGACGAGCAGAGACCUGCGACGUCCCACUCCAAUACCACCUUCCAGCAAUGCCAGGAUGCCUUUGUUGACUUUGACGGCGUCCAUUGGGAGCCCCAGUUUGACACGGAUCUGUUCGCUCCGCCCGAUCUCGAGCUCGACUUGCCGACGCCUCGACUUGCUCCCGCGGGGGCCGUGCCCGCGCCGCAGUCGUAUCUCGAUCCCACCACCGGCCAGCAGAUGCUCUACUAUCCGGCUCGCGUGCCCGCGACGCUGAACUUGCCGCCGAAGCUGUCGAGCAGGCCCAAGGCGGAGCAGCGGAACCAGAGGCGAUCCCGCGUCCUCAGCGCCAUGAUGAAUGCCGACGACCCGCCCGACUCCCCGGAGCAGGUCUGGCUUCCCGAUCCCCUCGCCGGCCAUCGAGAAUCCUUCGCCCUGCUGGUGCAGGAGCCCUUCCAGGACCCCGACUGUCCACCGGAACCGGUCGAGGACGAGCUGCCGUCGAGCCCAGCACCGGCCGUGACCAUGGACCAGCUGCGGCGCCCCCCACGGCUGACCGCCCUCGAUGCGGAGAGGCGCAGGUCCAGGGGCACCCAGCUGCGCAUACCGCCUCAGCUCCGCGCGAGCGCCUUCUUCGAUUUCCCUUCGCAGUCGGCCGAUGUCGAGAUCAAGGACGGUUCUGCCAUGGCCACCCUCGAUAGCAUCCUCGACGCCUCCACCAGCGCACCCGUCAGCGCCUUCACCGACAACCCGUUCGGGGGCGGCGGAAAUGCGACGGGACGUGAGAGGCGGAAGAAGCGCGGCAAGGUCAAGAAAUCCACGACGGCGACGACGAUUAGCGUGCCGUCCCCCGAGCCGACACCCAAGAAGAAAGCGUCGCUCAUGUGGCUCCGGAAGCGCAGGAGCAGCCUCAACAGCGAGGACAAGCGACGAGCUCACAGCCUCGCGAGCGCUACGGCCCCGGGGACGGAUCAGGAAGCAGGCGACGCGUGGGCCAGAACGGCCUCGGGCCGGCCCAGCGAGGAGAAUGGCCCGAACCAUGGCGACGACGAGGAGGAACAGGAGGAGGAGGAAGACGAGUACGAGUCCGAGGAAGAGUUGGACGCCGUCUAUGUCGGACCGCCGAACACGCUUCUGGACGAGCUUCAGCUUCGUAAGAAGGAACAGAUGCAGCGCAUCAAGAACACGGCAAGCGGCAACCCCAACGGCAUGCACGCGACGCUGCUGGAGAUGGACACCAUCGCGGAGCGGCAGCGUAACCAUCGGCGGAACAAACGCGUCAACCUCGCCUGGGAGGCACCCGAACCCCACCUCGACCCCAACGACACCGACGACGAGGAUGUCCCGCUGGCCAUCCUGGCCGCCAUGCAUCAGGGUGCCAAGAACCUGGCGGAUCUGGAGCGGCCCAUGGGACUGCUUCAACGACGAGACAUGGAAGACAACGAGCCGCUGAGCCGGCGCCGAGCGCGGCUGCAAGGCGUCGAGCUGCCGACCCCCGUCCUGCCGCAGCGCCAAAGCGUCAUGUCGUUCCCCGCCCCGAGACCGGAAGACAUGCAGCCACCUCCGGCGGGGCCGGAGGAGCAGGAAGUGGAAGGCGAGACGCUGGCCGAGAGGCGCCGACGACUCGCCGAGGCCAACGAUAGUGAACUGCUACCCAAGGCCCGGCCCGACAGCACGAGUUUCUCGGCCGAGCUUCUCGGCCAAUUCGGCGAGCUGGAGCCGGCAAAGGAGCCGGCCGCUUCGGCGAGCAAAGAGGACCCGAAGCCGGGACCGAACGCGGAGGAGGAAACGCUCGGCCAACGGCGUCGGCGGCUGCAGGCCGAGAAGGAGGCGCGCGAUCGCGAGAUGAGCUACGGCAACCUUGUCGGCGACGGAGCCAAGCGGGCCAGCCGACAGCUCAACAUGGCCAGCGUGCUGUCGGCGUACGCGAAGACGGAGGUCGAAAACCGGCCGCAGGAGCAGAGAAUCCGCGCGGCGGAGGAGCAGCGGGCGGCCACGGAACGAGAGUCCAAGAUGGCUGCCAUGAGGAGCCAGAUGCCCCAGACGCUGGCUGUGCCCGGCGGGGAACGUUCGGGGGGGUUCCGGGGCGGUUGUUACAACGACGGCAUCGGUGGCGGUUGCGGACUCGGACUCGCUUCGACACUCUCCGUGAACGCACAAGACCCGGCCUCGGCUGUCUACGGCAAUGGAAACAUGUCCCGGUCAAGCGUCCCGCUCAACCCCGGCCUCCAAGGCGGAUUUGCUGCGUCGCCAUCGACGUACGGCGCCCUGGGUGGCACUUACGGAGGAGGCAUGAACGGCAUGGGAGCGCACAGCAGCAUGGGCUUCUACGGCCGCAAUGCCGCCGCCGGCGUGAGCAUGUAUGGCGGAGACAUGAUGUCGACGGGCAUGCAGAUUCCCAUGCAGUUUGCGCACCCCGUGAGCUCUGGCGGCUCUGUCGAGCGCGUCGAGCAAUGGCGACAAGGCGUGCACCCCUGA